AUGGCACACAGGACCCGAAUGCAGGAGCAGGAUCCCACGUGGUGCACCUUUGCAGCCCUUGCGUUGCUUGGCUCACACACCCAGCCCAAUACCCCUUACUUAAGGUACUUCGUGGCAACUGUCCUGGCCGCGACUUUGGGUGACAUGAACUACUGGUACCACAUGCAACCUUACUACGAUAUCGAGAACAUCAACUUACCGGAUGUCAAAGGGAGGGGCAAGCAGGGAGAACUAGUGGGAGGGCAGCAGCUGAUGGACGCUGGCCGCGUCUACUUCGAGGAUGGCGCGACCUUGGACCUGGGCAAGUCCAUGUCCUUCAAGAACUUGGAGAGGUACAAGAACACCAAGGCCAGGGCGGGCCUCCGGCUGAUGCGCGAUGACCAGAGGCAGUUCUUCCGACUUGCAGUGCAGCAGGCCGAGGCGGCAUACAACAUCAAGGCCAACCACCCGCUCUUCUUCUAUUGGAUGCAGGACCCGGUCGCUGAGACGAUGAGCUACAAAGCUUCAGGCCUGUCCCAUGCGCUGAUGGCAGUGUUUGGCCACUUUGUGCUCAACCUCCUCUUGGUGGCAGGUGCAGCCUUGGCAUUCUCCAAGAUUUCGCACAAGUUCUGA